ACAGGCUUUAAUUUGACCGGCCAGGCAAUGGACAAGGAGUUGGAUGAGAGCCUUGUGCGCGUUGCCUGUGCGUGUGCCUGUACCUGACUUGAGACUUCUCUCGUAUGUAGGCAGCUCGAUGAAUCCUCUGUCUGUCUAGCAACCUAAACUGCGGAUGGAUGAACCAUGAUCAGCGUCGUAUCGUCAAUAAAUCGUGUAAUGGUCCUGAAACAAUAAUGGGUCGUGUUCCGUAGUGGAAGGAAGGCGGGGGAAGAAAAGAGAGGGAAGUUGGUUGGCUGUGCCUGACUGGCUCAGCCCUGUUGCAAGUCCGUAAGUUCGUUACAGAGUAACUAGUUACAGCCGAUGUAAUUUAUAGAUACCAAGACCUCCCCAAGGUACCUACAGAAAAGAAAAACAUCCCUGGCUUCCCCCAUGCUUACGACGGGAAUCCGUAGCCGACGACGAUAUAUGUAGCUACUGUACACUUAAUAAUAUUGUCCCAAGAUUCCGAUUCCGACAUGCUUUCACUUUAGCUGUCCGUUGGAAUGGAUUUCGUCAUGUAUCGGGUGUUUUGUGUCAGGUGCGGUACCUGGGAACAGUGGCAAGAGUGGCUCCUGAAACACACAGCGGUGAUUGGCUGCAUCCUGGAUUAAUAUUUCUCCGGUUCCUGUUUGCCCCUCAGUGCGAAGGGAGGCGGGGGGAAUAAAAUACCGCUGACUAAAGUGGGCGUAUUGUCGUUACCCUGAUAUACCAUACCAUACCUCGCUCUUCCCUUUCCCCUUCGCGGCGGUGUCUGAUGACUGAACUGACUUGACUGACUUGACAGGUUUGAUCGUUCGUUCUCAGGCUUCUUCUUCCAUUGUUUUCUGUUUUCUUUCUCUUCCUUUUUUCUCCCCCACCAAACAGACAUCGUCCCAUCACCGCCGCCGCCAUUCAAGACAUAACGACAUCUUCAUAGACUUUCUAUCCCUAUAGCUCCUGUCUUCCUGUCUUCCUGUCACUGCUGUUUCAAAAAACAACAAAAAAAGAACUCUUGUGAAGACAAAUCCCUCUCGAAAACCAACCCAAAAAGAACUCCCAGCACACGACCCCACCACGCUCCUACUGCUCGUUUUCCUUCAGAUCCUUCUCUUUCUUUCUCUCCUUAACUUCCUUAUCUCACAUACCAUACCUCUUCUCUCGAAAUGGCCCUCAAGAGAAUUAAUAAAGAACUCUCAGACUUGGGACGCGAUCCCCCAUCGUCUUGUUCUGCUGGUCCCGUUGGAGAUGACUUGUUUCACUGGCAAGCUACGAUCAUGGGUCCUGGUGAUAGCCCAUACUCCGGUGGUGUCUUCUUCCUAGCCAUACAUUUCCCUACCGACUAUCCCUUUAAGCCACCCAAGGUCAACUUCACUACGCUCAUCUACCACCCAAACAUCAACUCAAACGGAAGCAUUUGCCUGGACAUUCUCAGAGACCAAUGGAGUCCUGCCCUGACCAUAUCGAAAGUUCUACUUUCCAUCUGCUCUAUGCUCACAGACCCCAACCCGGAUGAUCCAUUGGUACCAGAAAUUGCCCAUGUUUACAAGACCGACCGUCCGCGGUAUGAAGCGACAGCCCGCGAAUGGACCCGGAAGUACGCUAUUUGAUGAAUGAAUUAAAUGCCACGGCAAACACGUGCACAUGCUGCCCAAUGUUCCUCUAACCACGAAUUUCUUUUCUUUUUUUUUUUUUUUUUUAUUAUGUUACUUUUAACGUUCCCCCUUACCUACCCUACCCUUUUGAACGUACGAGAAGAUAAUCCUUACUUGCUUGCUGCCACGGGAUAGAUAAUUCUCCUUUGUUUGCUUUGCUCUGUGUUGGUUUGGUUGAUUUUUGGCCGGGCUGGAGAAGGAGAGGGAAUCGAUCGAUCGAUUUGUUGUAAUUGGGCCGGUAUAUCAACCAUUUCAAUCAGGGACGACAAAGGAGCGAGAGGAAAAUGAUAAAUAUUGAUGGACAGAGAAAGCUGGAAGACAAGAAACAUAAAAAACAGAAAAAAAAAAAAAAGAGAGAGAGAGAGAGCGAUCAACCCCCGAUCAAUAUCAUGUGAAUAUAUUUUCCAAGCAAGUGUAUCUUUUUUUCUCUUUUUCAUAUUUGCCGAGAACAAUCAUAGGAAGAGAAAAAAAAACAUCGAAGAGAAGAUACGCGGGGUUACCGAGCUAAAAUGUCGUUCUUUCGUUUCUUCCCUCCUUUUUCUUCCUUUUUUUUUGUUUGUUCUCGGACGGACCUGGUCAACUGAGCUGAACGUCAGUGGGAGCCAGAUUCAGGGGAAUGGGAAAGGAAAGAAAAAGGAUCCUUAGGAUCAGGAAGCGGAAUAGCAGGGGCGAGGGGGAAAGCAUUGGGUUGUUGGCAUUCAUCAUUCAUCCAUGGAUAAUGUGUUCGUGCUUGCUCGUUGCAAAAUCUCCCGCUUUACAUAGUUUGUGAUUCACAUCUGUUCGCGCGCUCUCUCUCACACACACACACUCUCUCUCUCUCUACCAAAUUUUUUUUUUCUUUUGUUUAAAGCAACUCAUUAUCAUGCUUCGGCUUCGGUGUGUUUUUUUCGUCUCUUUUCUGUUUUGUUUUGUUUUGCUCUUUUUUAAGCAGCGGGGAUGAUGUGGGAUGUGGGGUUGGAUGAGAUGGUUUAGAGAUGUAGUUAGUUCGGGGAUGGAAAUAUAAUUGGCAGCGGAGUGUCUUGAUAUAAUUUUUUUUUCUUUACUUUUUUAGGGAUGAUGAUGAUGAUGAUGAUGAUGAUGAUGAUGUGUUUUAGAAAAAUAAAUAAGCAUACAUAUGUUUAUAUGAUGACUGGUUGUGAAAGAAUAAGUCUGUUUCAGGUGGUAGACAGCGGUGAGAGUGGAAAUACAUACAGAGUUACACUCACUCACUCACUCAGAGAAAUGAGUAACAGUAUGAAGUAUUUACG